UAUAUUUAUACUCGUAGUCGCCUGUGCUAAAAAUUUUAGCACAGGCGACUACGAGUAAAAUUUACGUAACAAUUUACUAAUUUUAGCCUAAAAUUAGUAAAUUGUUACGUAAAUUUUACUUACUUCAUCCCAUCAUCAUCUUGGUUAUAUAUUAACGUUAUCUUUUCUUGAAAAAAUUGAGGUCUACCAUUUAAAUAAAACCAUAUAUUUAAAAUCUUAAAAAUAAAAAAAAUACAUCAUCGACUCUUUGGUCAUACAUAAAUUCGUUGCAGCACAUGGUCCAGUCACACCACGUGCUGCCAUAUAUUUCCCAUCAUCAUUUAUUUCCCUCCCAAACCCCUCUCCGCUUCAAAUUAAAUAAAUUAAAUAAAAUAUUCGACUUAUUUAAUCGAAAUCCAUUCCCAUUAAUUAAAGAUGGAUUUAAAAUCUAUCAUCGGUCGUUGUACCGUUUGUGGGACUGAAACUACUAAAACUUGUUCAAGAUGUAAGACCGUCUUCUAUUGUGGAGCCGAGCAUCAGAAGGCGGAUUGGAAGCGACACUCAAAAACGGCCUGUUUUCCCUGUGUCGAAGAAGUAAACGAAACUCUGGGUCGACAUUUGGUCGUGACACGGGACAUUGCGGCAGGCGAUAAGAUAUUUGCAGAGGGGCCGAUGAUUACGUCGCCAUUUUCGCCAUGUCAAUGCGGAGACCCUUCUACUUCUUACAAGGGUCACCUCCUUUGUUUGGGAUGUUGCAAAUAUGUCGGGGAACGGAAGGAGGGUCAGUUUACUUGUAGAAAGUGUGGUUGGACACUGUGCUCACCGAAUUGUGAAGAGGCAAAGAAUCACUUUGAGUUCGAAUGCGACAUCUUCGCCCAAAACAACAUACGUCCCCCUGAUAACGGCUUUCUGCUCGGGGGCAUAGACCUUCUAGUUCUAAGAGUGCUUCUCCUCAAGGUCAAGGUCAAGCAACCAGAAAAAUGGGCAAAAAUUUGCAAAUUAAAGGGCAUUUCUAUUCCAUCUCUCAUCGACAUCUCUAUGAAAGAACUCGCCGGGACCCUAAAGUUCCUCCGUGAUGGCUGCCAUCUCUCUCAAAAAGAAUUUCCGGAUGAUCUAAUCAUCAAGAUUUACGGUAUCGUCAUGCACAACUCGGUUGGACGAUGUGAAUGCAAAUUUACAGGAAUUGGAGGAAUAUCGCAGUGGGGAAUUUACGAAAAAUCUAGGUUCAUAGCGCACAGCUGUGUCGGCAACACGAUAACAAUCCGCAAUGAGGAGAAGAAUGAGGAGGCGCUAUUUGCGACACAAAAUAUUCCCUCUGGAACCGUUUUGACGAAACGAUUCGACUACGAGACCAUUAUGUGGAUGGGAAUCGUUGAGAGGAGGGCUCACUUGAAUAAAAAAUUCGACUUUUGGUGCAAUUGUGAAAAAUGCAAGGAACCCUAUGAUGAGUUGGGAACAUAUUGUUCAGCCAUGAAAUGUUCAGCUGUUGUGAAAAAUAAGGGCAAAAAAUGUCAAGGAUAUCUGUUACCUCGAAAGAACGAAAGAAGCAAGAAUGAUCCACCUGGUAAAACUGAAGACAAUUGGCAAUGCAAUACCUGUGGAGGAAUGAAAAGUUAUUCUAAAUGUCUUUCCAAAAUUUACAACAAGGAGGAGCAAGAUAUCGACCAUUUAGUCCAACAUGGAGACUUGGCUGCGCUUGUCGCGAUGCAUGAAGACCCUGGAACCUCUGUACUACAUCCGAAUCAUUGCUUGCUCAUGAAACUUCAAUAUCACAUUAUUAACAAGAUUGUAGAACGCGUACUACUGGGAGUAUAUUACUCCCAGACCGAACUGACGUGGCUUUUAAAAAAGUUGGAAUCUUUGGCGACAAAAUCUUUAAAAGUGGUGGAAGUUUUGUGUCCGGGACACAUGGCAGAAAGGGCUCAUCUUCUCAUAUUUAUUUGGAUAUCCCUUAAUACAAUUGUUCCAGAGCAUAGUGAAGAUCCAAACAGCGCGUAUCAAAAGUGCUUGGUAGCUCACCAACUUGCAAAAGAGGGAGCAGCCAUAUUGAAGAAAAUGCAGUAUGACCUUCACUACGUCAUCGACGAGUUGGUCGAAUCUCUACUAAAUAAAUAAAUGAUCAUAAUUCUUAUUUUUAAUAUUAGAAUUAAUGAGUAUUAUUUUCUAAUGAUGGUUUUCGAUUUAUUUACUUAAUUUGACAAUGUCUAAUCUUCAGUAAUUGUUAGUAGUUUUAUUUUCUUAUAUUUACACUUUUAUUAGUUUUUGUUUUCUGUACAAAUGACAGCUAUUUACAUAUAUUAUUUCAUGACUAGAUAAUAUGCUUCUGCUUUUUAGAGUUAAUGUUUUCAUUUCAGUGAAAUUUGCUUUUUUUAAUAUAAUGAAGUGAACCACCAUGUUUAGACGGCUCGAAUACUCAAAUUGAUAACCCUGAAAAUGCUUAUACUUUUAUAAAAAUUAAGGAUGCGUCAAACUGAACUAAUUAAGUUGUUGAGAAUACUUUAGGUCAUUUAGUAAAUAUGAUUUUUCUUAAUUCCUUCAUUUCGUACUUGAUUCUAUGUUCCUUAGUUAACUCAUCUUCAUAUUGUGAACAUGAUUUCUUUUGUCAAUAAAGAGUUGAUUAAAUACAUGACGCUUGUGUACAAACUCGUGUUAAAUAA